GAGUGAUGCUGUUGGCGCUGAAGAUAAACUAGGCGUUUCCUAUGGAACAGAGUGUCUUUAAAGAUGCGAAAUUCUUCAUCAUUUCCUGUAAUGACAAAGAGGUAGUUGAUCUUCUUAAGUCUUUGGGUGCUGUGAGCCAUCCCUUCCUAUCAGAAAGUGUACGUUUUGCUAUCAGUGAUGACCCAUCUCUUGCGGAAGUUGGUGAGGCGGAAGAAUUGUAUGCUGUCCCAGUUGUUACUAGUCAUUGGGUAAAACUCUCUGUUGAAGCACAAAAAUUUUUGCCAUUUCGUCCUUUUCAUCCGGACUUUAAACAUAUAUUCGCAGGGACAGUAAUUACAUGCAGUGGAUUGAGUGUGGCCGAUCAGCUUUCAAUAUGGGCUCAUGUUACUAUACAUGGAGGUCAAAUGUGUCAUUACUUGGAUAAGUCUGUUACUCAUGUGGUUGUUGCCAAGGCGGCGGGAAAUUUCUACAAAUAUUGUACUAAUAAAUUGGCGAAUGACAAUGCUGCUAUUAAUGAGGAUAGUUCGAAACCCUUUAUAGUUACACCUGAUUGGAUUGUUGAUUGCUUAUCACAAAAUAAUUUAUUACCAUGUACAUCAUAUCAUCCUGAUUUGUUAAUUUGUACAUCAUUAUCAUCCCCGUCUAAACAAACCUGUUUAAAGAAGCCCCAACAGCCACAACAACAAUUAAAUGAGCCUAAGGAACUAGAUUUAUGUCAUGCUAAUAAUUCUAUAAAUGACUCGAUAAAGCAAGAAAAUAAUUUAAUUAUCAAUUCUACAUUAGCUAAUGAUUCAAUAAUGCAUGGUAAUAACAAUAAUAUUGUCGUCGAAGUUAUUGGUACUACUGCUUUGACUUCUAAUGCAAAUAUCACUGUUACUACAAAUGAUAAUAUAGUGAAUUGUACGAAUACACCACAACUACAGCCACCACUCCCACUCCCACAACAUCAGCAGUCACAAAUUCAUACAAGUAAACAAUACUUGGUACAAACUAAUCAACUCAUGCACCAUACAUUGCAGUCUACCCACCAGUUAUCGACAGUAUUAUCGGGCGGAACAAACGUGCAAGCAGCCACUGGAAUAAGCGUUCAACAAAUUAAUAUGAGAAAUGUUGAUCAAAAGUCACCAUAUGGUAGUGGUUCAUCACCUGUACCUCCGAAUAAACAUGGUCGUGGUGGACAUUCACGCGGCGGCGGCAUCGGUUCAGGUCGUAGUUCGUCUAAAAAAGCCUCUCAAGAUCAGUUUCGAAGUGGUAGUCAGCAGCAACAACAACAACGUUUUCCACUGUCAUCACCUGUACCAAAUCGUUAUCCAGUUGCUCCAAAUAUGGGGGCUGUUAGCGGAGGGGGUGGUGUUGGUUCUCAGCGAUUCGCACUGAAUCGUCCACAGGGUUCUGUUGCACAGCGUUAUCCGUCCACUUUACCAAUUUAUACUGAUCCUGCAGUUCAACAAGGGCUAAUGCAACAAACUGGAGGGUCUGAUGCUCAUGGAAAUCCUAUUUUAUCAGGAACUAAUUAUUCCACUUCUAGUGUAUCAACAAAUCAUACUAAUGUAAUUUUGACUAAUAGUCUAUUACCGGCUACAACGUCUACAACAACACUUGGCGGACAUUCAGUAAUUGGUAGUAAUAGCAAUAGUGGUGGUGGUAGUAUUAGUAAUACUAUCACAUUGACAACAUCAUUGACUGCAAAUACAGGUGGUAAUGCUCUAAACAGUAUUAGUGGGAAUAGUGGAGGAGGAUGUGGCAACAUCGGCGGUGGUUCUAGUAGUAUUAGUACUAAUACUACUACUAUUACUGCCACCAGUACUACGACUACUGGACAUCAUGGCAAGACAAGUAAAUCAAAGUCUAGCAAGCACAUGCAGGAGCAAAAUUUGAAUGAAGAAGAAAAAGAUGCUAUUGUUAUGCAAAAUGUGAAAAAUAUUCUCAGUUUACAGCACACAUGGAAUCGGGAAUCAUCUCAUGGUCGAGGCUCUUCGUCAGCAUCAUCCUCUGAAGCUCAUUCAUCCAAUAGUAAUACAGGACAUAAUCAAAACGGAUCAAAUUCAUUUUCUGGAUCUCAAGGAGGAAAUCCAUCUAAUUUGAGCAAUCUUAUUAAUUCUAGCUAUGGUAGUUCAUCCAAUUUGACCAAUUCACAAAUUUCUGGAAGUCAUCGAAAACCGAAAUCACCAAAAUCACCUUGUCGUGCUGUUGGAAGUAAUCUUAGUCAUAAAGUCUCACCGAAAUCGCCAAAAAAUGCUAAAGUUACUGGAGCCACUAAAACUUUAGCAUCACCUCAUCAACAGCAUAUUCAACAACAACAACAACAGCCAUCUAUUGUGAUGGCCGGUUGUGCUGGUUCCGCACUUCCUUCAGUUUUACUAACUGGUAGUUUACAACAAAUGCAAUAUCGACCGGCUAAUAGUAAUUCACUUCAACCUACAUCCACUCAACUUCAACGGUCUACGACUAUGCAACAUUAUUUAACUACCACAGCUACAAUUGCAUCACAUCAACCACAGUCGUCAGUACAAGGUGGAACAUCAGCUUAUAUUGUACAAAGACAUCCAUGUGGUCAACUUGUAGCUAGUGUAUCACAACAAACAACGCAUGGACAAUUGCAUACACAGUCAUUUGCUGUUCAAAAUCCUUAUCAACGUACUGGUAGUAUAUUGACUGCUGUUAAUAAUUCAACCGUAGCCCAACAACAACAAACCCAACCUCAGGUAAAUGUUCAACAUUUUCAACAUACCGCACCAGUUCAACAGCCAACUUUAUUAGUUCGUACUACUCGUCAACCAUAUCAACAAAGUGAUAACGCGGAAUCACAGUCGGAUAUGACUAUGAUCAGUCCAGAUGGUUGUGGAGAUAUUUUACUAACUAGUAACCAUGUUAAUCCACAACAUCCUUUGUCUUCUAAUCAUCAUCAAAUUUCAACAGGCCAUACUAUUCAAUCAUCAAAUCAUUUAUUUCAAUCAACUCAUCAAUCUGGGCAUAAUUCAACAACUAUUGAACAAACACCUCAUAAUAAACAAAUCGUUAAUUCACAGUCAUCAUUGUCAUCAUCACCAUCAAUCACUCAACAAUUAUUAUUGCAAUCUACUGGUGGAAGUAAUGUAGGUCUUGGUAAUCCUGCCGGUCAACUUAUACAAAUCAAGUCGACACCGUAUAAUUCGUCGCCGGUACAACAAGCUUUGUUAUCGGAAAAUAACCAACACCAUCCUCAUCAUCAUCACCAACAACAACAUUUGGCUACCACAGCGCCUACUACUGUGAAUAGUAAUUCACAGUUAACACCUACUAUGAUUAUUGAUAAUCGUACAUUACAUCAUAAUCAUUCACAACAACAAGUUAUUCAGCCAAAUUGUAGUUUAGCAACAACUUCAACACAUCAACAACAACCACACCACCAACAGCAAGCGGUACAACUUCAUUUCGCCUUACAAUCACCUACUAGCAAUGUUAGUAAUAAUAAUAAUACCCUGGGAAAUAGUGGUAGUGUCACUAAUCCUAAUCAAGUCAAAUCACCAUCUACAUCGAAUAUUCUGUCUCAGCAACAUUCAACUAUCCCAAGCGGUGGUAAAAUGACACAAUUACAGCAACAGAUACAAACACCUCAAUCGCCUACACGUCAUUCUGUAAAUAAUCAAUUGAAUCGGCAUUAUAUUCAACAGCCACAUCAAUUCUCUGCUGCAUUGACGCCGCAUCCUACACACUAUCAACAACAGCAGCAGCAACAGCAAAAGGUUCAACUUUCACCUGCUGCUGCCGUUCCUGUUGGGGGUGGUGGCGUCGGUGCUUCACCACAGUAUCAAACAAUCCAUGGUUGUUUUACACCACAACAACAACAGCCGCAACAACAACAUCCACAACAGAUCAUAUUUCAAUCACCGACUGGACAACAAAUUAUCGCUGCACCACAACAUCAGUCAAUGUCGAAUACAUUUGGAAGAAGUUUCACUAACUCAGCCCCAAGUGGAGGAAUGCUUCUUCGUUCUGUCCUACCAUGUUCUAACAAUACGAAUAAUACACUUGGAAAUGGUUUCCAUCAAAAUCAAUCUUCAUUAGUCACAUUGACGACUAAUCAACGUGCUGUCCCACAAAUAACUAAUCGAGCUCCAGCUAACAAAGUUCUUUUUCAAACUAGUCCAACAGCUCAGGUAAAUACUAGUAAUAAUAAUAGUAAUAAUGCUGUGCAUUCUACACAACAACAAGGGGUGCAUCAACACCACAACCACCAUCAGCAACAACAACAGCAGCAGCAACCCAUUCACAUGCCUCCUCAACAAAUUCAUCCAAGUGGGAUUAUUUCAAGUCAACAGUUAAAAACAAAUCAUCAAAUAGUACAUGGACAGUCAGUAGGACGAGGGAAUGCUCAAAUGGUUAUGGGUGAUUCAUCUUCUGUCAGUGUGAUCAAUGCUCAAAAUCAUCCUCAUCAAACUGGCACAGUUCAUUCUCCAUAUCAUCAUGUAGCAGGGCAAAAUUUAGUACAUAAUAAUAAUGUUGAUCAUUCGUUUAGUCCACGUCCUACACAUCAUUCUCAAGUUGCACAAGUACCAUCAAACAAUCAUUCUUCAUCUACCGUUAAUGUUGCCAACGGUCAACCACCUCGACAUGCAUCUCAGAUACCUGUUACUACAAUUGUACAAUCUGCAAAUCGACAAAUUUCUUGUAAUUCAACACCAAUGAAUGUUUCACAUUCAACGCCUACAAUUAUAACACCUGCAAUAUCAUUAACCCCCACUUACUAUGGUCAUGACGGUAAUCCUUUACCGUCUAAACCGGAAGAAUGUUUAAUUGGUUGUGUUCUAUUAAUUUUAGGCUAUCGAAAUGUACCUGAAUCACAAAAAAUUGUUUGGCGACGUGUUAUGCGUUCACAUGGUGCAGAAGUAGUAAUGGCUUAUGAUCCUAAUAAAGUUACACAUGUUAUUAUUGAUUGUCAACUAGAAGAACCUGAUGUGAUUAAACAAGCUUUGUUAGAUCAUAAACGUUUGGUUACAAUUUAUUGGGUUAAUGACAUACUUGCAAAAGGUAGAAUGAUCGCACCAUUUGAAAUUUUACACUUACCAUCACCAUUUUCCAAAGAUAUCACCUUUUCAUUUAUUCGUACACAGAUUAUAUCACUAACUGGUUUCGAAGGUAAAGAUCGUCAAAAAAUUGAAAUGAUCAUACGUCAAAUCGGUGCUACCUUUACUGAUUACCUUGAACCGUCCAACACAUUGUUAGUUUGUAAACAACCAUCGGGUAAAAAGUAUGAAAUGGCUCAAUUAUGGGAUAUACCAUGUAUCAAUGUACGCUGGUUACAAGAUCUUUAUUUUGGCGAUUUAACAACACUAUCUUUACCAAUACUUCAUAAAUAUUUAUGCUUUGAAACAUCAGAUGUAACAAUUUCACUGGAACGAUGUACUCCACGUGUACAAGAUUUAAUGGUUGGAUGGCAAAAUCCAAUUCGAUUAACUCAAGAAAUAUGGAUACGUUCUACUAAAUUAUCUCAUGAUUUUGCUAAUGAAGAACGUGAACGUAAGCGUAAACUUGAAUUAGAAACUAGCAUAAAUUACAAUGAUAGUAGUAAUAAUCAUUGUAAAGUUAAAAAAUCCAGAUGUUUAUUAACUUCAUUAACUGAUGAAGAGAUAAAAAUUGCAAUGUCUUGUCGACCAAGAUAUGAAAUUCUCUUGUUAGAAGCUGAACAAAAACGUGAAUUACAAGCGACUAUGAAAGCUAUUGCUGCAUCAGCUGCGGCGGCGGCCGCUGGCGAUCCUCAGAGUACUCCGGAAAGCGAGACAAGUCUUCAUAUUUCAGCUGCUGCCGCUAUUGUUGCGGCAACAACUAUCACUGUUUCGCCUGUAACUACGAUUACUACUAUUACUACUACUACUACUACUACCACCACUACUACCGAUAGUAAUAGUAAUAGCGGUAUUGCUGAUUGCACUAAUUCAACCCCAAAUAUAUCAGUUAGCACAGUCAAUAAUGAUAAUGUUGACACAAUGUCUAAAACUAACUCGUUGAUCCUUCAUCCGUCCAAUACUAAUCAUAAUAUUGUUGCUGUUAGUCAGUCAUGUUCUGUUGAUUCAGUUGAAAUAUCUAAUCUGCCAGCUGAUGUUGUUUGUGAAGAAAAUAAUUCUAUUAUAAUAAAAAUGGAAUGUGACAAUUACGUGUCUUCGGUUGCGAAUGAAUCCAACGAUGAUAAUAAUAAUGAUGACAAUAAUAUUACAGAUUCUGUCAAACAACAACAACAAACUGCCGAGGAGUCUAACUAUUUGAAGUAUGAAGAAUGUAAGAAAAUUAAAGAAGAAUCCAAAGUAAUACCACAGAAUACUACCCUAACGGAUGAAUCGGAUUCUGACUAUUCUCGAUUACUGAACGAAAACCAGUCAUUGGAAUUGGAUCCCUCCAUGGCAGAUAAAAUUGUCUGCUGCCGUGAAUCUCCAAUAGUCAUUUCUGAAAAUAUUCCAACCAGUGAAAACAUUCCUUUAUCUCCUAAUCACGAUAACACUGUUGGUGGUGUGGUUGCUAAUGCUGAUGACGCAAUUGUCAGUAGUGAUAACGACGUUCAAAAUGACAACAAUAUGAAACUUGAUUACAAUGUUGUUACCUAUAGAAUGAAUACGAAUGAAGACUCGAUUCGAAUGACAUUUGAAUCAAAUGAUAUUGGUGAUCGUGACGAAAUUGAGAGUACUGAGAAGACUAGUAAUAAUGAAGUUUGUAAGGAUAAUAUUGAUAACAGUGAUAAUAAUGAUAGCGACAUUUACGAUAAGGUUCCACAAGUAGAUGAUAUUGCCAUAGUAUCAUCAUCAACAUCUGUUUCUAACGGUUGUUUAUUCAACGAGACUAAAGUUUCUCAGACUUCUAUAAUUGAAGUGAAUGCCAAUGCUAUGGAGUCAUCUAUUUCAGAGACUAGUUCAGUGAUAAUUCAGAAAGAUACGGAUAUUGUGAUGACUGACGAAUUGACUAUUGUCUCUUCAGAUGUUACUACCACUACUACUGAUUCAGUGAUUGUAAAAGAUUUACAUGACAAUAUUAUUCAAUCUAACAAUAUAAACAACACAACAGAAACAACAACAGUAUUUACUAGUGAAAACGUUUGUUCAAUCAUCCAAUCCAGUCAUUUAUGUGGUAAUGAUGAUGCAGUUCGUAAACGCUUAGCCACUAGUCCUAUAGAUGAUAUGAUGAUGGAUAGUAAACGACGUGCAAUAGAAACAAAUUCAGUUGAUUCCAGUUCGAAAAUAACUAAUAUCAUUGCUUACUGCCCAGUCACUUCUUUCUCUUCACAGCACACACCUCCUUCUUUGUCUUCUUCUUCUACAUGUCAGUAUGAAAGUAAAAUAACUGAAAAUGUAUCUAAUUCCGUGUUGAAUGGUCACAUCAAACUUGAUGCCGAAAAUUCAGUAACAAUGCCUAUAAUUAAAAUUGAUGGAAAAUUAAAUGGAAUAGAAGAGGAUAUUUCUGAAUCUUCAAGUCAUAUGGAUGAUGAUACUAAUGAUAAUAUAGUUGUAGAAGACGUUGUACAAAAUAUAAAUGAUAAUAACAAUGAUAUUAUUGAUACUGUUUGUAGUGAAGUUACAGAAUCAAAAAAUCAAUCAACUAAUCAUCAUCAUGAUGACACAACGGUACUACCUCCACCUAUUUGUACAGAGAUCAGGAUUACAUUUACUGCUAUUGAUUUGGAAUCACGGUUAAGUUUAACUGAAUUAUGUUUACAAUUACCUGAUUGUAAAAUUGUUGAUUCAGCUGAAGAAGCUACUCAUUUAGUAGCUAAGCGACUAAUUCGUACACCAAAAACAUAUAUGGCUGUUGCAUUAGGCUGUUAUGUUGUAACACCAAAAUGGAUACAAGCUUCUGUUAUGUGUGGUUAUUGGUUAGAUGAGACACCUUGGAUUUUAUCUGAUCCAGAUUCGGAAACUCAAUUAGGUAUUGAUUUGAAAAAGUCAAUUAGUAAAGCCCGUAAACGUCAAAUGAUUGGACCAGAAGCUGGUCUAUUUGCUGGUUUAGAAUUUUGGUUUUCACCAGGUGCAUGCCAUCGUGAAAUAUGUAUUGCAUUAAUUAAAGCUGGUCAUGGUAUAAUACGUCAAAGGCGGCCAACACAAAAGAUGGCGUUAUUGGCACAACCGAAACAAUUGAUUAUUUGUCAUGAAGAUGAUAGUCAUGUGGCUAAUUAUUUAAUGCGUACUAAAACAGGCAACAAGGCUGUUCAUCAUGAAGAGUUUAUUCUAAGUGGAACUUUACGUCAAGAACUUGAUUAUGAUGCUUAUCAAAUUCAAUAUGUAAGUACAUUACGCAAUAGUUUGAAAGCUGCUGUUGCUGCCGCAGCGGCUGCCACUGCCUUAUCUAAUAAUAAUAUCAAAAAUGGUAAUAAUAACAAUAUUAAUGCAUCAGUUACUAUUCUACCACCACCUACAUCAUUAAGAUUUGAUAAUCAUAGUAGUAAUAAUAAUACUAUUAUAGAUACUCAAAAUAUUUUAUCAUCAUCAUUUGGUGGACUAAUUCCUCGUUGCCAAACUGAUCCGUUAGUAAACAAUCAACAAAUUCACUUAUCUUCAUCGUCGAUUAUUCAAAAUCCUUCAAGUCAACAAUCCAAUUAUCCAUCAACAACAUUCCAUCAAAUAGUCGUUAGUUCAUCAUCUAUAACAAAAAAUACAUCGUCUAUGUCUAAUGAUGCUAAAUUUAUUCGGUCGAGUAUUGCUAGUUGUAAUGAUGUCCAUGAUACACAUAUCCUAACUGAUUCUUAUGUUACAUUAUCUUCUUAUAAACCUUCAACGAACAUCCAGUCACUUUCAAAUAGUCAUCUUCAACUUACAUGUUCUUCUGAUAUUUCAUGUCAGUCAGUAAUUAAUAAUACAACUUGUCGUUUAGUAUCAAAAAUCACUAAAGCUGAUACUAAUCUCAGUUACCUUUUAUCACGAUCAAAUACGUUAGAUCAAAUCUCAAUUAAAAAUAAUUUAACAUGUAGUCUUGAAUGUGAUAUAACAAAUACAUUGUCUACAUCAUUUCCAUCCUUAUCAUCAUCAGGUUGUAUGUUAUUAUCAUCAACUAUUUCACCGUCAGUAUCAUCCCAUCAAGAUUUUGGUGAUAUGCAAUUAGAUAGAACAAUCGGUGCGUCUAAUAAGCCAAUAUCUGAUUUAAUCAUAUCAGUUUGCAAUGUGAAUACAUGUUCAACGAUGGAUUCACUCAAUACUAAUAAUAAUGAUAAAAAUAAUUCUAUUAUGCUACCACCGAAACCAUCUGCUACUGCAUAUAUUGCUAGUUUUGAUAAUAAACGACUUAUUAUUGGAAAUAAUCGAUCUACAAAUAAUAGUUUAUUAUUAAAUUGUACUAGUUCAACAGUUUCUGAUGCAUUUUUAUCUAAUCAAGACACGAAACCAAAUAUUCUACAUCGUUCCGUUACACCAUUGACUGCGAUGAUUGUAGCAGCUGAAUCAGUUGUUGGCGAUUUAAUAAAUCCAUUAUCUAUAUACGAUACAAAUAACAUUCCCGUUUGUUCUAUUCAAUCAACAUUUAUAAUAUCGAAACCAAGUGGUUUUCUUAGUCAAUUGUCUAAUGUAACUGGUACUAUUACUAGUAAUAGUAGUAAUAACAAUAGUAAUAGCAGUAAUAAUAAUAAUAGUAGCAGUUCCACAGUCAAUUUAAAUGCAAGAAUAGCAGCUGCGGAUGCAAAUGCUGUGGCCAGUGCGACAGCGGCUGCAGCGAGUGCAUUAAACAGUAGUAAUCAUAAUACAGGUGUGAUUGUUGUCAGUGCUAACAGCGGUUGUGGCAAUAAUAAUAAUGAUAGCAAUGCUGAAAUUAUCAACAAAACUGGUAUAGGGCUAACGGUUUCAACACCUGUAAUAAUUGUUGGUGUUGGUAGUGAUAGUGGUCUUGGUAUACCGAUCCGAUCAUCAUCAUCCUCAUCACGAGGCAAUAUAUUGGCUGCAAAUAAUACAUUUCCUUCAUCUGAAUUAAUUGAUUCAUCAAGAAAUUUGUUAUUUAACAUUCAACAACAGCCGGUAUCCUCUUCCUCUGUCGCUUUCACCACAUCAUCACCAACAAAAUUAUCAUUGACAAUUGGAUCACUGGAUGUAGUGAAAAAUCUUAUUAAAAACCAAACUGAUUUUAGAAUGAAUAAUUCUCUCGUAGACAAUAUUACUAUCAGCAUUGAUAGUAUUGGUAACAAUAAUACUAAUAGUAAUAAUGACAAUAAUAAUAGUACUACAACGGAUUCAUCACUCAUUUUUCAAUCAUCUAUGCCACUACAACAAUCUUCGCAUAAACUAAUAUCUUCAUCAAUUCCAGUGAAUACAACACAUGACGACUGUGAUAAUAAGGUUGGUGAUGCAGUCAGUCUUCCAUAUUCCUUUUCAUUAUCAUCAUCAUUGUCAUCUGAUUUCGCAUUGAUUCAUCAUAAUACAGCAAUAACAACAACUCACAAUAUUGUUCUUGGAAAUACAUCGAAUUAUUUUGUUGUCCAAUCAUCGUCCUCACCGACAUCAGUAACUACAACAUUGUCAUCUUCAAUACCUGUAUCGUACACAUCGAAUUUAAUUCAUUGUUUGGAUAAAGAACAUUCAUCCGUCUUCUCCACUUAUCAAACUAACAGUAAUAAUAAUGAGUGUUCUGAAAUAUCUGAUUCACAUAUUGAAAAGAAUAAUGAUAAUUCAAUUAUGACUACUGGUGGUAUGGCUGCCAAUACUACUACUAUUUGUAACAUGACUAGUGAUAAUAAUGCAAUUGUGAUGACGACUCCUCUAACAGAAUUAUAUUAUCCUAAUAUUAUGAAUGAAGAUAACAUCAAUUGUAAUAACAACGACAUUGUGUGUACAGUACAAUCAACUACCCUUAAUAUACAGACAUCGAAUUCUACAAUCUCUUUUUGUUCAUUGCCGUAUUCUAUGCCAUCAAUAAUAUCAUCGUCAACAUCUACAACAACAAUAACAAUGUUAUGAUGAUCAGAUUAAUUGACUCAAUGGUUAUAUCAUUUUCUAUUGUCUUCUGAUGGUAUUAUCUGUGUCGUCUCAAUGGCUUCUUCUUAGAUGCUUUGCUCAUUGCAAUUCAUCACAAUUAUGUACAUCAUACUGCUUCUACUAUCAUCAUUGAUUUUUGUGCGACAUCUAUUACAAAAUAUCGAUCCAAACAGUAGUAUUUUUUGGAAGAAAAAGCUCAAAUCUGUUACUUGUUUGAUUUAUUUUGUUCUUGCAGAACGUUCUUACUCCUUAUCAACAUUAGUUGUUCUUUUUUGUUUGCUAAUCCUCCGUUUUUUUGUCAAUUGUAUUUCUUACUGGGAUUGUUUCCAAUACCAUCAAUCCUUUCCUUUUUUUUAAAUUACACGCGUUCAUGGUCACCCUUAUAGUCUACCUGUAAUUAUGCACACACAUACAUGAAAUACACUUAUCAUAACAUUUCAGCUAUAUAUCACCUUUAGGGUUGUCUUUUUAAAAAGUCCUUAUUAUGUUAUAUACACAGUUUCUCAAUGGUACUUAUGUAAUUCUUGCCAACAUUUGUUUCUUUUGGUUGUAUUAUCGUUUAAUGGGGAUACCUUUACAACAUACUCUGUAAUGUGAAAUUUGUAUUCAGUAACAACUUAAUACCUUUGCCUACUCAUUGGAUUGUAUUUCUGUACAUAUAUAUAUGCCAGACAUGUAGGAUAAUAUAUACAGUGACGAUGUUC